AUGGCACCUUUUGACGAGGUCAUCGAGAGCACUCGCACUACCAAGUUCGAAGGUCACGAAUGGCCAUGCUUCGUCUUCCCCGAUCACUCUGUACCUGACGGCUUGAUUGAGCCCAGGCCAAGCAAGCAAGCUCUACCCGUACUGAUUCUCAGACGACACGAGUUCGUAUGGCGCAAUCGCGACGAACUGGCUGGCUUCGAUCCCUGCGAACCUGAGAUAUUCGGCGGCGAGCGCAGAAAGGCCUUCCAAGAGGCUCUUGAGUACAGGAACCUGGACUAUUACCACAAGUUGGUCUGGAGCAAGCAAGCAGCCAUGAAUCUGGCGUCCGAAGAUGAGCCUAUCGUUUUGAGUGACGACGAUGACAGCGAUGUCAAGCCACACAAGCAUAAUGGCUACGGUAACGACCUCGUCACUCCGAUCACUAAGAAACGCCCGUACUCCUCAGCAUUCAAACGUCCUGGUCUACCCACUCCCAGCUCAACACCCGCCAAGAAAAUCAAAGCAUCAUCCAAAGUUGGUUUCUCCCUUCCCUUCGGUGAAGACGACGACAGCGACGUCGAUCUUCCUCAUCCAUCAACCUUCACUCCCACCAGAAAGCCAGUUUCUAAAUCAGCUUCUAAACCGGCUGCCACUCCAUGGAAGCCGAGCGGGAAGAAGCACAAGAUUCCAGAAGACUAUGUCACAAAAAAGCAGCUCCAACUGGUUAUGACGAAGAAGGGCAACGGCGAACCAUCCCCUGAGGAAUUGAAAGUUGUAGAGCCUGUCAAAGAGUGA